AUGGCAAAACUACCAGUGAUUGAGUUAUUAUUACACCUUGUCUGCUUGUUAAUCUUAGUUUCUGUUGGGAGCAGUAAUGGUGGCCACUUGAUUAAUUGCUUGGCCUCUGAUCGAGAAGCUCUAAUGGACUUCAAAACUGGGCUUCAAGAUCAUGGCAAUGUGUUAUCUUCAUGGAGGAGUAGCAACUGUUGUGAAUGGCAUGGAAUACAGUGUGACAACAACACAGGGACAGUUGUUGCAGUUGAUCUCCACAACCCAUACUGGGGUCCCAAUUCUAAUUCUUCACAUGAAGGGUAUGUAUUCCGGAGCCUGAGUGGUGAAAUAAGAUCAUCUCUGAUGAAUCUUAAGUUACUAAGGCAUUUAGACUUGAGUUUUAACACAUUCAAUGGAGUACCAAUACCUGAAUUUUUUGGAUCUUUGGAGAAUUUGCAAUAUUUGAAUUUGUCACAUGCCGGGUUUACUAGCACCAUUCCUCGACAUUUAGGAAACCUGUCUCACUUGCAAGUUCUUGAUCUUGGGUUUCUUGAAUUACAUGUUGACAAUUUUCAAUGGAUAAAUGGUCUUAUCUCUUUAGAAUAUCUGGCGAUGAAUGGGGUUGACCUUUCGUUGUUGAAAGAUUGGUUUGAUGUAUUGAAUCAGCUGCCUUCUAUAGUUGAAUUGCAUCUAUCUGGUUGUAACUUACCUAGUUAUAUUCGACCUCUUGUGUCUCUAAAUUUUUGUUCACUUGCUGUCAUGGAUCUUAGCUUUAAUAACUUCCAUUCAAAGGUACCUAAUUGGCUUGUGAAUACAAGUAGCCUGCAACAUAUUGAUAUGAGUGAAAGUGGCCUGUAUGGAAGAAUACCACUUGAUCUAGGUGACAUGCCAAAUUUAUUAUGGUUGGAUUUAAGUCGGACUUAUGAUCUUACAGCAAGUUGCUCCCAACUCUUUAGAAAAAGAUGGGAAAAGAUACAAAUUAUUAAUUUAAAAGACAACAAAGUGCAUGGAAAACUCCCCUCAUCUUUGGGAAACAUGACUUCUCUCACUAGACUUUAUCUUGAUUCUAAUGCUAUUGAGGGUAGUAUUCCAAGUUCUAUUAGAGAACUUUGCAAUUUGAAUCGUUUUUCUUCAUCGAGGAAUAAUAUGACAGGAAAUCUACCUGAAAUUCUUGAAGGAACACAAACUUGCCCUUUUAAGAAACCUCUACAUAAUUUGCAAUAUUUGGUUUUGAGGGACAAUCAACUCGGCGGUAAAAUUCCAUAUUGGUUAGGUCAACUAGAAAAUAUGAUUGGAAUUGAUCUUAGCCAUAAUUUGUUUGAAGGACCUAUUCCAACUUCUUUCGGAUCAAUGAAAAAUCUUAAUAUCUUACAACUUGGAAAGAAUAAAUUCAAUGGGACUCUUCCAGAAAGUUUAGGACAACUUUCAACCCUAUCAGGGUUGGAUGUUUCUUCUAAUCAAUUGGAAGGCAUAAUAUCUGAAAUUCAUUUUUCAAAGCUGACCAAUCUGAUAUUCUUGGACCUAUCCUUCAAUUCAUUCAUUGUGAACAUCAGCUCUAAUUGGAUGCCCCCCUUCCAAGUUGAAAUACUUAUGAUGAGUUCAUGCAUUGUGGGGCCUUCAUUCCAUCUUGGCUCCAAUCACAAAAAGAGAUAA